ACACAUUUCAGCAGAGCGAACCGAGCAGCAGCUGCAUCCAUUCCCUGAGCAAUCUGACCAUGAAAAGAAUGGGGAUCGACCUCUCAACAAUCGGAUCUGUAAUGCUUUGCUGUUAAAGAAAUCACUGCAGGACACUGUGUAGUCGGGGCUGCGUGGCACGAUGCCUCUUGUGAAGAGGAAUAUCGAACCACGUCACCUGUGCAGGGGGGCACUGCCAAAUGGGGUCACUAGUGAGCUGGAGUGCGUCACCAACAGCACUCUGGCUGCCAUCAUCAAGCAACUGGGCAGCCUCAGUAGACAUGCUGAAGAUAUAUUUGGGGAGCUUUUCAAUGAAGCAAACAGCUUCUGCAUGCGGAUGAAUAAUCUUCAGGAGAGGGUCGACCUCCUGGCUGUUAAAGUCACUCAGCUAGACUCCACCGUGGAAGAAGUGUCACUUCAGGACAUCAACAUGAGGAAAGCGUUUAAGAGUUCCACAAUCCAGGACCAACAGGUGGUCUCGCGGACCUCUAUUCCCAACCCGGUGAUGGAGAUAUACCAGCGCUGUGACAAGCCUCCUCCACUCAAUAUCCUCAGCCCAUACAGAGAUGACAAGAAAGAUGGCCUGAAGUUUUACACAGAUCCUUCAUACUUCUUCAACCUGUGGAAGGAGAAGAUGCUGCAGGCCACAGAAGACAAGAGGAAGGAAAAACGGAGACAGAAGACAGGCAGCCAGCCCACCGCAGAGCAAGUUAGGCCCAAAUCCAGGCUGAGCCAACUGCAGCCUGGCAGCCAGCCCACAGCCACCCCGUCCAGAAGCACCCUAUACAGCCCAGAGCAGAAGCAGGUGGAGGACCCGAGCCGAGAAGUGAAGAAGGUGCGCAAGGCGAGAAAUCGCCGUGAUGUGUGGAACCUGAUGGCGUACGACAAGGAGUUCCGGCCCGAUAACAGGUUCUCCCCCUCUCCGUUCCACGUUGUGUCUUCAGAGGGCUCGCUCUCUCCAGACAACAGGUCUGUUGCCUCUGAUGCAGAACACUCCUACCCAGCUAGUCCGAACCACCCCUCCCAGCAGGUGAGUGCGUCCAGCUCCUACUCCACCAGCGACAGCAAGGAGCUGCUGGCGGCCCCAGUGCAGACCCAGUCACUGGACCGUGCGUACAGGGGCCCGGCCACCACAGCAGGCAGACAGAGCUCUCUGGGCAGGGUGCCUCUACCCUCCGACCCAGGACUCAAUGGCCCACGGCCGCCCACAGCCAAGGACUACAGUGCCAAACAGAUCCCGGAAUACUUUGUGCCCCCAGCUCCUCCUCCCCCUCCCCCUGUCAUCCCCUCUGCUUUCGACAGUCCAGCCGCCCCCCCCACCCCUCUGCCCCCGAGUACUGUCACUGUGGCAUCUCGACCGUACUCCCCCUCUCCCCGACUCCCCCUCUCCUGGCAUGAGGGACCUUCCGGUGGGGAGGAGGAGGAGGGGGAGGAGGAGGCUCCAGCCCCCCCCACACACGCCCAAUCCACUGCUCCCACCGCCUCGCCCUCGGCAGCGCAGGACUCACGGAAGUCUCAGAUUCCAGUCGUCCCCAUGAGCGACGCGCGCAGCGACCUCCUCGCUGCCAUUCGCAGAGGUAUUCAGCUUCGAAAAGUUCAAGAGCAGAGGGAGCAGGAGGCGAAGAAGGAGCCGGUGGCAAACGAUGUGGCCACCAUCUUGUCACGCCGCAUCGCCGUGGAGUACAGCGAAUCAGACGACGACUCAGAGCUGGAUGAGAAUGAGUGGUCUGAUUGAGACAGCAGGGACCAGGGCUUCAAACUAGGCCUCAGGACUGUCACUGCCUUAGUCAGCAACCUUCCAAGGACUGUCAGUUCAAAUGCAACAUUCAAACACAUAUGUAAGGCAUUGCACGGUGGUAUUGUGGGAUCGAUUGUCAGGACAUACACAAAACUAAAUGACAAUAACGACAAGACCAGAAGUACAUGUGUAAUGCUAAAUUCUUAACGGCAGAUCAGCUUCUUUAUUUCCGGAAAGACAAUCAAUGCUAAAUUGCUCCGACUCAAGUACACUGAAGAAGUCGAAACGUUUGCCUACCUGACUUAGCUUCUUGUAGUUUUACCUUGAGAAUUUUGAUUGACUGUUUUCCAAUUAUGGAUGAUUACUUUCAGAAGCACGGGUGGUUUGUGUUUCAGCCAUCUGCAGUCAAAACCUGAAAGCCUGAGUUGAAGCCCUGUGGGAUAAUAAGUCUAAAUAUAUGCUAGGCAGGCAUGAGACCUUUCUGAUUUUACUUUCUUGUAUACUGAGGUGUAUUAUAAAGUCAAAUAAACUCAUGUAAUCUUGUCCCCACGCAGAUCUAGCCAUGGAUUUAUACCAGAUCAGUCGGUCACUCGCUCACCACAAAAUAAACCGAACUGCUGAGCAACCAAGUGGAACAAAGAACAGGGUAACUUAAUACAAUCAAUGAAUCAUUUAUUCCUGCAAGCUUAUCUAUGUAUAACUAUAGCCAUACAAAUAGCCCAGUGCUGUAUGUAGCAGCUGAUGUUGAAUUACUGUAAUAGUUAAGCAUUUGUUCUAGGUAAUAAUGAAUAAUUAAAAGGAGACUGUUCUUAAUGUACAGUAUGCACCAAAAUAUGUCAUGGAAGUGCAUGACUUCAUAGUGGACUGAUGGUUGGAUUAACCAAUUGUGAAGCAAGCACAGAAUUUAACUGUUACAUGGAAACAAACACACAUGCUUUCUAUUCUUUUAAUUUAGAGCUUUCUUAAGGCAAGUCCGCAGUUUUAUUAAGGAAUAAACUCAUGUGUUUGGAGGACUAAUAAUAACUAAACCAAGGCUUUCAGAUAAAUGUUCAUACUUUGUAUUAGUGUGAUUUACUUUAUCUCUUCCCCCUUCAUUGUGUUGACAAUAACUGUUUUUUUUUUUGUUUUUUUUGUAUCGUACAUGUCUGUUUCCUGGUAAUCACAGCUAUGUAGUUAUUUCAAUUUUAAUGCCAUAGACUAAAACCUGGUAGUGUUUCCUGGUACCUAAUCACUUCCUGUUCUGUGGGUCACAUGAUCUGAUUACAGAAUUGGAUUCUGAAACAGAAAAUGAUUAGAAUGUAAUAUUGCUCAACACAUGUACAGUUAUAUCAGCAGUGUCAUUUAUUUUGUGCUUUUCAAUAGAACUUAAGAAAUUCUUAUUGAAUAAAUAUCCACCAAACUGA